AUGCCGUACAACAGUUUACCUGCUGACAAUGACGCUGAUAAGAGAGAUUCCUACCUCGACCUCGAUUCAGAAAGAGAGACAGGCCAACAACAAACUCAAACUGUCAAUGGAUCUGACACUCCAAAUCAAGACUUGCUGAGUCAAGCAUUGGGGGCAAUCAACCUGCAAAAAAAUGACUCUAAAGAACAAUUUUAUCGUGCCUCGUACAAGAUAUUUGCUCAAUUACGAAAACUACUCGAGUCGAAUCGGUCCAGCCUAUCACAAGAUACAAUGAUCGAAGACAGAGAUGUCAUUGCCACUCUAUCUCAGUUUGUUGAAAUGACAUACAGCUAUACAGAAGCAGAAAAAUACACACGCAUAUGGGACUUGUGUCAAAGGCUCUACUUUUCCAUGGAGAACACACAUCUGCUUUGCUCAGUGGGAGACUGGCUCAACAGCUACGAACCUUUGCCCGACGUGGAAGAAGCCAGAGCUCAGGACCUGGAUGAGGAGGUGGAGGAGCACAACGCCAUUGGACCUACAUGGAUCUGGGAAUACGCUCGCAGACAUUUACUACGUGGCAACUUUAUUGAGUCGACUGAAAUUUUGACAUUUGCAUUGGACUUUGUAGGUGCACAACAAAAGAAAGCCAUCAGCAGAAUCAUCAACAUCAUCACAGAACUGGACGACAUUGUGUCCAACUACAAGGACGAUGUCACCCUCUUUCAUGAGAAAUGGGCUGCGUGGCAUGUACGCUGCAAAGCAAAGGACUUGGAGUACGAAUGUACUCUGGACGAGUUGGACGGCAGGGUGGCAAUCAAUGAAGAAAUUUGGGCAGUGUACAGCAUCUUGGUCGGUGAAGACAGAGUCAUUGCCAAGGAGGGAACGUAUUUUGAAGUCGUGUUAGGACUUGCUUGGUUUACUAAACCACAAAGCUCGCUAUCCACUCUCAAGUCGACGGCUCAGCGUGUGCAAAACACCUCGGAUGACGAUGCUUGCUCUUUUCUCUUGAUGGGUCGCUUUGACGACGCUUUUGACGAAAUGGGCAGUGAUGUGUGGCUUCAUACGCAUUUGGGUUAUGCUUUGAUCAUCACAGGCCAUAUGGAAACGAGCAAGGAAACAACAGCGGCAAGUGCCACUGACAAGGAAGAUGUCAUUGACCCCGUCUACUACAGUAUCCAAACGUAUGCUCAAAUGAUUGCCGAUGAAUAUGACAUGCUGGAAGAGGCUAUUCACUAUCUCAACUGCUGUCAAUCCAACAAGGAAAUCUGGAUCAAGCAACUGCUGGGUGAUCCCAUUUUACCAGCCAAAAGCGAGGAUCGUAUGCGCGCUAUACUUGAUAUUGCAACACACUAUGGUCUGAGCCAAGUGGAGCAGUACAUUCACACAGGAUUGGGUCAUCGAUUCGAAAAGCAGCACAAGAUACGCCAGGCAACUGUGGAAUACGGAAAGGCACAGGAUCUGAAAUCGCUAGACAGACUAGCUCAUGCUGAAUUUUCUCAAUAUCUCAGAUCAGGCACAUUAGGUAAUGUUGUCACAGACAUGCCAUCUUUGCACAACAGUCCUCACUAUGCCAUCCUCAUCCAAUACUACAAUUUCCGUCAUCACCUCUCUCAUCAAGAAUGGCAAGAAGCCAGCAAAACUGUCUUGCUCCUGUUAAAGAAUGAACACUUGCCCACCAAAUUUGAAACUGUAUUACUAAUUGAUGUGUUGCAAAUCUUGCGAGAAUCCAAGCACUACUUUUCAGCCAAGCAUGUCAUUCAAUUAAUCAACAUCUACAAACAAGUAGCUCAUGAUAUGGCUAAUCAAGAUUUCAUUGCCAGAUACUACAAGAUCAUUGAAAAGCAAGAACUGACAUCUAGUAUCAUUACAGCCAAAAUCAGAGAGAGAUUAGCUUACAAGGCAGCCACUGCACCCACUACUGUUUGUUAA